AUUUUAUUUUCGAUAAAUAAUCUAAGAAUAUGUACCAUUAUCACCACAGACACCCAUUGGAGUGUGACCAUAAGGACAUGCAUAUCUCAGAGCUGAAGGCUGAGAAUUAUGAGCUGAGAAACAGAAAUGGCUAUUACUAUGAUUUGAGAGACAGAGUUUCUUCAACUGAGCAUGAGAUCGCUAUAGUCAAUGAAGAAAGAAGAAGGAUCGAGGGUGAGAUGCUGCACAGAAAAAGCGAAGACGAAGCUGUCAUCAGAGACAUCCAAGUCGAGAACGAUGACCUUAGAGGCACUAUUUCAGCAAGAGACGCUGAAAUUGAUGAUUUAAGAGCUCAAAUAGAGGCUUUGAAGAAGCAAGAUGGCGACCUGACUUGUGAUAUCUCAAACUUCACAACUGAAAACGAGCAGAUCAGAAGAGAUGUCAAUGGACUUGAGCAUCAAAUCGGUGAAGAAAGAGGUCUUGGUAGAAAAUUAAGAGCUGAUCUUGAUGCUGCCAAAUCUUCAGCCAUUGUAAGAGAUGAUGAGAACAAAGCAGCUCACCAAACUCUAUCAAUUUUAGAAGAAGACCUGAACAGGAACAAAGCAAAUGAAGGUGAUCUUGGAAGAAUAUUGGCAGAUAAAAAUGCUGAAUUAGCUGACAAGAAUGCUAGACUCAAUGCUCUUGAAGAUGAAGUGGCCAAGCUUAGAGGGGAGAUUGAUCAUAGAGAUCAAGAAGCUAACGACCUCAACCACAGAUAUGGGUCCCAGCUAGAUUCUACUAACAGAGAAAGAUGUGAACUUGAUAGACAAGUAGCAAGAAAUGCUGACUUAGAAGCAACUUUAAGAAGACUUGAGGAAGAGCUCGCAUUCCUUGAGAAAGAUAUUUCUGUUGUCAGAGAUGAUGCUGAAAGACUUAGAAGAAUCUUUGAAGACGCUGAUGUUGCUAAUAAAGGACUUGAAGAUGAGCUCAAUGUUCUCAAUAGACAUGCUCAACUCCUUGAGGGUCAGAAUGUAGACUUGACAAAAGAAUUAGAUAACAUCAUAGUCACUGAUGAAAGAGUCAGAGCUGACUUAGAUAGAAGACAUAGAGUGGCUGAAUUACAAACUAGAAAUGAUAUGGAAAUCAGAGAUUCUAUUAACAGAUUAAGAUAUACUAGAUCAAUCAGCCCUUGUAGAAGCUGCUCACCACGCAGGAGCUGUAGUCCAUACCGUGGUUAAGUUUUAUUCAAGAUUUAGAGAUCCAAAACACCAUUUUAUUUUGGAAUGCGAUCUCAACG